CAUAUGAAUCGAAUCGAGAUAUGAGAAUAGGACCCUUGAAACUGUCACUUAAAUGUCAAAUCAAAACAAACUCUUAACGGCUAUUAUUUUGUGUUCUUGAUCGGCCGAAUAUAAAUAUUUUCACUCGAAAACUAAGUUUUAUAAACUUUAUUCACCAUGUCGGUCUUUAGAAACUUAAGAGAUGCUUGCAUCAAUUUCCAAGAGGAUUUGGAAAAUGAUUCUACUCAGUUAUUUUGUGCUAGAAUUGGACAGUCUUACGACGAGGAAAUUUCAAACAAAAUGCAAGAUUUAUCACUAUUUUCUGCCAAAUUAAAGUAUCUGCAGGCAAAAUCUAUAUCUAUGGGCCCAGAUCGUCCACACCCACACUCCGAGGAAGCCACAAUGGCCCAAUACGAAGAGACGGCUACAUGGAAAGGGCUGGAACAGAAAACUGUGAACAGUGUGAGCCAGUUUCGCGAUGUGAGGAGGUUGAUAACUACACCAGAUAGCAGGCUAGAACCGGAGCAGAUGGAGAGGAAAGAAGAAAUCAUCGUCAAGCUAAAAGAGUACAGAGAUAAAGAGGAAAAGCUCUGGGAAACCGAGGAAUUGUUGACAAAGGCUGAGGAAGAGCAUAUUGUGCUCCGGAGACAAUGGGACCAGGAGUUAGGGGAGCUGCGGGAUAUGAGCGAGCAGGCGGGCGCCGAGGAGGAGGUUUGGGACGGACCGCUGAAAAACAAACUGCAAGCGUUAAUACAAAAGAUGGAGAUGAUGCGAUGGCUAAUAUCUCGGCUUGUGACUGCUCGGUCGAAUUACGACUGGCUCAGGGAUCCUGACCGCCGCUUGCGAGCGCUCAAAAUGGCGCGCGAGACAAACUCCAUGGAGGCCUAUACUGGAAUGUAGCUUUAAUAUUAUAUCACUAAACAUAAGCUUUCCUAACUUCUAGAAAAUAAAGAAACAUCUUUA